UUGCCCACAUUGUUGCAGGUCGACGCUCUUACUCAGUAACAUAUUACAGGAGCAGCACAGAAACAAAUCAGCCGUGACAUAAAUCGCGUCACGUUUCCUGCUCGUUAACAUCUGAAGAUUUAUUAUUAGGACUUGACAAACCAGAUCCAGCGCUUUCUGUGGAAUAAGGGAAAAUGUCCCUGUCUGGCUGGGUGUGUGUGGUCACAGGAGCCUCCAGAGGAAUCGGCCGGGGAAUCGCUCUGCAGCUGUCUGAGGCCGGAGCCACCGUCUACAUCACAGGACGCCAGGAGAACACGCUGAAACAAACGGCUGCUCAGGUUAAGGAGAGAGGUGGAAACUGUGUGCCGGUUAUCUGUGAUUCUACUAAAGACGGAGACAUUGAAGAGCUGUUUGAGCAGAUUAAACGUGAACAGAACGGCCGACUGGAUAUCCUGGUUAACAACGCCUACGCUGGAGUACAGGCUAUCUUUGAGAACAUCGGGACCAAAUUCUGGGAAACUGACCCAACCAUUUGGGAUUCCAUCAACAACACAGGUCUCAGAGGCCACUAUUUCUUCUCAGUUCAUGCAUCCCGCAUGAUGGUGGCUCAGGGUCGGGGUCUGAUAGUCACCAUUUCAUCUAUGGGGGGGCUGAGGUAUCUCUUCAAUGUGCCAUAUGGUGUUGGAAAAGCUGCAUGUGACCGGCUAGCAGCAGACAUGGCUGUUGAGCUGAGAAACAGAGGAGUGGCUUCUGUCAGUCUGUGGCCGGGAGCGGUACAAACAGAGCUGGUGACUCAGUACAUACUGGAGAAAGAAACACCACAGGGGGCAAAUCCUAAGCUUAAAGAUGUUUUUGCCAAUGGAGAAACUACGGAAAUGAGCGGGAAGUGCAUUGUGAACCUGGUCACAGAUAAAAAUCUGAUGUCCCUGACUGGGAAAGUGCUCAUGACUUGUGACCUGGCGAGGCGCUACGGGUUAAAAGAUGUCGAUGGACGGAGUGUCACUGAUAACACUUCCUUCAAAUUCCUGCUGACCCAGGUCCCCUAUCUCUCCUGGCUGUCAGCUGUCGUCCCUUCAUUCCUCCGUGUGCCACGCUUCGUGCUCACUCUGGCUAGUGGACGCUUCUAAAAAAACAUUUCUAGAUCCACCUUACUUACAGCUUACAGCUGUCGUGUCAGUGGUUUCAGAUCAAAUCCAUUACUAAUGGAUAACAAAUGUCAAAAAGCUAAACACUGACUGAAGAGUAUUGUUGAAAUGACCUUUAAUUCUGACUUCUUGAGUAUUCUAAACCUUUUCUAUAUCCACCUGAAGUGGAGCUAUCAUACAGACCAGCUACAUGGUCCAAAUCCACUCUGUCUCUAUCUCUGUAUACAUAUACAGGUGCUGGUCAUUUAAUUAGAAUGUCACGAAAAAGUUGAUUUAUUUCAGUAUUUUAAUUUCAGUAACCAUUUGAAGGCCUUUGCAGGUGUUUUGAGUUAAUUAGCUGAUUAGAGUUUGGCACCAGGUGUCUUCAAUAUUCAACCUUUUCACAAUAUUCUCAUUUUCUGAGAUAUUGAAUUUGGGAUUUUUCAUUAGUUGUCAGUUCUAAUCAUUACAAUUAAAAGAAAUAAACACUUGAAAUAUAUCAGUCUGAGUGGAACGAAUGUAUACAUUAUACAAGUUUCACUUUUUGAAUGGAAUUAUUGAAAUAAAUCAACUUUUUCAUGAUAUUCUAAUUAUAUGACCAGCACCUGUAUGUAUGUAUGUAUGUAUGUAUAUAUAUAUAUAUAUAUAUAUAUAUAGAUGUAUAUAUCCAUUUCUACCUUAGAAAUUGAAGUUUUAUGAAGUAAAAAGUAAAUAUAGCACUUUUAAUUGAUGUGUACUGUUUGCACACAGUACAUUUCUUACUACUUGAUCACUUAAUGAAGGCAGUUUUAUGAAGUUUAACGUUACCAAACUAAGCAUGUAGGAUGCUCUACUAAGUUUCUGAAUUUAAACACUCAUAUCUAUAUAGACGUGGGUGAAGCCACUAAAUAAGACAAUGUGAAUUUCUCAUUAUUACUACAUGUAAUGUAUUUUCUUCAGCAGUAUACAAAAUCACUACAACGUUUAUAGAAACAUAAAUGGUUAUGUAUUUUUUCACCUAUUUUGGGCAUAUGAUUGUUAUAUUUCUAUUAAAUGUAAACGCACACUAAAUACUAUUACUACUAUGGUAUUUUACUGGCUAAUGGAACAAUAAAGAAACGUGAACUUGC